AUGUGUCCCGAAUCGCGUGCAGAACAAUUUCUCGUCCUUUGCCAAAUAUUGUGGAUUGUGCUCAUCGCUCCAUUCUUGACACCCCCAAUCACCACUCUCGCCCUCUCACUUAUCGGCACGGGAGUCCUCUCUGGCGCAAGCCGUCCUCACCUAAGCGCUGCCUCCAUUGCACUCUCCAGCAUCCUUGGUGGACUCUUCGUCUCCACAAUCAUCGUCGCCCUUAUUCUAUUCUCUGGCGCUGUUUAUCCCGAGCUUAUCAUAAGCUUCUCCCCCUUCGGCCUGGCAGUAGCCAGGAACGCGCUCAACAUCUUCGCCAUGUCGGUCCCCGUUAUAUGCGUCGGCUCCUCAUUCCUCCUCGGACUCCAGUCCACCGGACAUCCCAUCGUUAAGGAAUAUUUCAGUGGCCAGAGUGUCCUUCUUGCUCUCGAAGCGACUCUCGUGGGAUGCGCAGUGCUCCUCUGCUUGCAGAUCCUUGGCCGUCUGGUUUGCUGCCUCUUCAUUCCCUUUCAAACAGUGCCGAGGUUCCUAUUCGCCAGUUUCAUCGGUGGAAAGGACCAGUGGAGGACAUUUCGCCCAAAGCCCUUGAGGGAGCAAGAGGUGAGGGUUGAGUCGGGUGGGAGCUCUCAAUUUUUGCCUUCGAAAGGGGUAGCUUCAUCCGUUGAUAUGAUUGCAUGA